AUGAGAAAGCUUCAUACUUUUCGUCUUUCUCAUGCUCUUUUAUGCUUUGUUCCUUUCUUUUUGGCAAUCAUUGUGGUUUCCUCAGUAACUGAGAAAGAGAUUCUGCUUCAAUUUAAAGGAAACAUAACAAAUGAUCCGCAAAAUAAGUUAGCUUCAUGGGUUCUUAGUGGGAAUCCUUGUGAAGAUUAUCAUGGUGUGUUCUGUAACUCUGCUGGGUUUGUAGAUAAGAUAGUUCUGUGGAACAUUAGCUUAGGUGGAGUAUUGUCACCGGCUUUGUCCGGGUUGAAAUAUCUGAGGGUUUUGACAUUGUUUGGGAACAGAUUUAUGGGAAAUAUACCAAAUGAGUAUGCUGAUAUUCAAACAUUGUGGAAGAUCAAUUUUAGCUCAAAUGCGCUAUCUGGCUCGAUUCCAGAAUUUAUAGGUGACUUGCCUAGCAUUAGGCUUCUGGAUUUGUCAAGGAAUGGUUUUACCGGGGAGAUUCCAUCUGCUCUGUUUAAGCACUGUUACAAAACCAAGUUCGUUUCUUUGUCUCAUAACAUUCUUUUGGGUUCAAUUCCGGAGUCAUUGGCUAAUUGCCUUAAUCUUGAAGGGUUUGAUUUCUCCUUCAACAAUCUCAGUGGUGGCAUUCCUUUGCGAAUUUGCGAUAUUCCUAGGUUAGAUUAUUUGUCACUGAGAAGCAAUGCCUUAUCGGGUGAUGUUGUGCAGCAGCUUUCAACGUGCCAGAGCUUGAAACUAUUGGAUCUUGGUAGCAACUUGUUUAAAGGUUCAGCACCAUUUGGGGUUCUUGGAUCAAGCAAUCUUACUUAUUUCAAUGUAUCACAUAAUGUAUUCAAUGGGAAGAUUCCUGAGAUUGCAACUUGUAGUGAGAGAAUGGAGUAUUUUGAUGCUUCAUGGAAUGAGUUAGAGGGAGAGCUUCCUCCGAGCAUUACAAAUUGUAGAAGUCUCAAGGUUCUGGAGUUGGGGUACAAUAGGCUGAGUGGGAGCAUACCAGAGGUUCUUGGGAAUCUGGAUAGGCUUUUGGUGAUUCAGUUGUGCAAUAAUUCAAUAAGUGGAACGAUUCCAAAGAAUCUUGCAAGCAUUCAGCUACUUCAGGUCUUGGAUUUGCACAAUCUCAGCCUUGUUGGUGACAUACCUGAUGAUAUAAGCAAUUGCAUGUUUCUUCGUGAGCUGGAUGUUUCUGGUAAUGCUUUGGAGGGAGAAAUACCUCAAAAUCUUUACAACAUGACUUACCUUGAAAUCCUUGACCUACAUAAAAACCAGCUCAACGGAAGCAUCCCACCAGACCUAGGAAACCUGUCCAAAUUACAAUAUCUGGAUCUGUCACAAAAUUCACUCUCUGGGCUAAUUCCUUCUUCCCUUGGAAACCUAACAAAGUUGACCUAUUUUAAUCUCUCCUCCAAUAAACUCUCAGGCACCAUUCCUACAGCUAUUCAAGGUUAUGGCUCUUAUGCAUUUAUUGACAACCCCUUCCUCUGUGGUGCCCCUUUGGAUAAGCCUUGCUCAGCAAAUGGCAAUGGUACUCUAACUCCCACUUCAAAAAAACCCAAGGCUCUUCGUGUGCCUGCCAUAAUUGCAAUUGUUGCCGCUGCAGUGAUUCUUAGUGGAGUAUGUCUGGUAUCAAUUAUGAACAUCAGAGCCCGCAGAAAAAAGAAAGCUGAUGUGACAAUGGUUGUUGAGAGCACGCCACUUGGUUCAACUGAUUCAAAUGUUAUAAUCGGGAAGCUGGUUCUCUUCAGCAAAAGUUUGCCCUCAAGGUACGAAGACUGGGAGUCUGGCACAAGAUCUUUGCUUGGCAAAGAAUGUAUUAUAGGUGUUGGAUCAAUUGGUGUAGUGUACAAAACUACUUUUGAAGGUGGCAUCUCAAUUGCAGUUAAGAAGCUUGAAACUCUGGGAAGGAUCAGAAACCAAGAUGAAUUCGAGCAAGAAAUUGGACGACUGGGCAACAUUCAGCAUCCCAAUUUAGUAGCAUUUCAAGGUUACUACUGGUCCUCAACAAUGAAGUUGAUGCUAUCUGAAUUUGUCCCAAAUGGGAAUUUGUAUGACAAUCUACACGGUCUUCAUUAUCCAGGUCCAAGCACUAGCAGAGGCAAUAGUGAACUGUAUUGGUCUAGGAGAUUUAAGAUUGCUGUAGGAACGGCGAAAGCUCUUGCCUACCUUCACCAUGACUGUAGACCUCCUAUUCUCCAUCUCAACAUUAAAUCCACUAACAUACUCUUGGAUGAGAAAUAUGAGGCAAAGUUGUCUGAUUAUGGGUUGAAUAAACUGCUUCCCAUUUUGGAUAAUCAUGGUUUAACCAAAUUCCACACUGCUGUAGGGUAUGUUGCACCAGAGUUGGCUCAAAGUCUGAGACUAAGUGAGAAAUGUGAUGUGUAUAGCUUUGGAGUAAUUCUUUUGGAAUUGGUCACAGGGAGGAAACCAGUAGAGAGACCAACCGCAAACGAGGUGGUGGUUUUGUGUGAAUAUGUUAGGGAGUUACUGGAGAGUGGCUUUGCUUCAGAUUGCUUGGACAGAAGCUUAAGGGAUUUGGUAGAGAAUGAACUGAUUCAGGUUAUGAAAUUGGGGUUGAUUUGUACAUCUGAGCUCCCCUCAAAAAGACCAAGCAUGGCUGAGGUUAUUCAGCAUCAGAUCAAUGAUGCAUCUUCGCCAGAGCAGAGGUCACAAGAUAGUAGUUUACCUGAGAUGAAGCCUGGAUUAGGUGGGGUGACUAGAAGGUUUUACAUAUAG